AGAGGCCGGCCCGCCCCCUUCCGCCCGGCUCCGCCACGCCGCCCGCCAUGGUGGGGAAAGCCAGGCGCCCACGGCUACACCGCGCCGCCCCGCGGCCCUGGCCCGCCCGGGAUCCGCCACCGCUCCCCGAGCCCGAGCGCGGCCCCGGCGCGAGCCCCGGCGCGGGCGGCUGGAGCGCGGCAGCCGCCAAGGACUGGGGCGUGUCAUUUUCUGGUGUCUUUUCCGGCCUGAAGAUUGACCCUGAUACUCUAGUAAAGAAGCUCGAGUUGGACUCCAGAAGCAUCAUUUCCUCCAGAACAGGUUUAGAAGAAAAACCAGUUCUUUCCAAAAAAGAAAAAAUGAAGCUGCGGAAAGAAAGAUGGCUACAGAAAAUAGAAAGUGUGAAGCUAGCCAAGCAGAAGCAAAAAGCGGAAGCAAAGCGGAAGGCGACGCCUGUGGUAGGAGACAUGCAGCCAUUGAUGGAAGCCCUACCUGAGCUCUCCGACCUGACCACAGGUGGCAGGGGCAGGAAGCUACCCAAGAGCCAUGUAAAAGCAAAGGCAGAACCUGCAGACUUCUGUCUGAUGAAACAAGCUCAGAAAUGCCGUCUCUUAGAGGAGGAAGUGGCUCGGUUUCAUGAGGUCAUCACCAGUCCCAGUUACAGAGCCAACCCCCUCAUGACCAUCAGCGAGCAUCUCUCCAAGAGGCUGAGGCAGGAGGAAGAAGAUAAUCCCCUCUAGGGUGUCAGCUGGGACCAAACGUGCACACUGGAGCUGGUGCGAGGGCUCCAGGCUGCAAAGGAGCACAUCACUAACAUGACUUCUCAGCCAGUUCAGUCCUUGGAAGCAGUUCAGCAGAUUAUUAAAUCCAACAGUCCUGUUUUCUGUCUGCAGAAAUGAUGCAGUUCUCUCCCUGGCAAGCAGCCUGCAGAGAGCAGGGUGUUCUGUGCGAUCUUUGUGCAGACAUUAAGCUCCCUGUGAAGUGUCUUGACACCUUUUCUCUUCUUGUGAGAAGGCACAAUUUCUUAAAUUGUUCCAGUGGCAACGUAUCUUUUUUCUGCCAUUUCCCUCCCCUUUCUGGCAGCUCUGAAAAGAGAUUGCCUAUUGCUCUGUUGAGUUGGUUCAAGGCCCCAAGACCAGGAGCCCAGAAGGCUGUUGUAGAUCUGUGUAAGGACCGAUGCUGCUGUUCAGAGACAUUGUUUCAUGUGAGAAAUUUAGCUUUGGAAUAAACACACUGUCACAGAGUA